AGGGUGCGCGUUCAGAUCUUACACCAAUACGGCGAUCAUUUUUGGUGAAUUCUGCGAUCGCAUUUUAUUGGGUUGUGUCAUAAUCGCUCAAACAGUAAAUGGUUAGACGUGACAAUCGAUUGAUGCAUUUAGUUUGUGCAAGGCGCGUUCAAUUUGACCACUGGUUUAUUUGAACACAUAAUUGUCUGGUAGGUCACCGUGCUCAAUGCUCAACUCAAUAUGUGGAAUCAAACGUUUUCAUGUUGGGUCUUUUUCAUUGUUAUGAUCAAUGUGGUAACAACGGUCCUGACCCAAGAUGCUGAUUUCGCGCCACAUGUUACGGCAACCUGUAAAUCUGGCUACAUGAACAUCAAGAUAAAAUUCACGGCACCUUACAAUGGCGUUGUGCACGCGAGAGAUUUUCGAACACCAUCCUGUAGCGCAUUUGGCAACGAUUCGACAUCUGUCGGACUGAGACUUAAUCUGCACGCAAGUCAGGGAAACAGCGAGUAUUGCGGAAUUUUAGUUAGCCAUUCGAAUAAUGCCGAGCAGUUGGAAGAGCGAUCAGUUCAAAUAGCUGUGAGGGUUCAUAGAACACUGGAACUAGCCGAUGAUAAAUUUUACGUUAUAACAUGCGGGAAGGCGAAAUACGCAAGAGAUGACAAUUUGCCAAUAACUUUGAAAUUUUUUGAAAAUAAUCGACGUGUUCGGGAAACAGUCUACGGAAGAUCCUAUACUUUGAAGGCAGAAGUUACUCAAUCGAAUGGAACUCAAGGAAUCUACGUUAAAAAUUGCUUCGCAUUCAACAAGAAAAAUAACAGCAUUCUUCUAAUCGACGACAGGGGUUGCCCGGUAAAAAACAGUGGAAAUUUUCUUCUUAGUAGUUUUGUAACUUCUGCAAACGGCACUACGGCAAUAGCCACGCUCGAUUCAAUGUUCCGGUUCCCGGAUAGCUCGGAGGUCCAUUUUCAGUGUGAUGUACUACAAUGUAACGGAUUGUGUCCGGAGGAAAAAGACAAGUCAUGCGUGGGCGAGGCUCGAGAAUCGCCGAAGAUGGACACAGAAAACGAGGGUCUGUUUCUCGCAGCGACGACCGUCUUUGUGCUGGAUCCCAUCGAUAGUAAAACUCUUGGGGUGCUCUGUGAAGAGGAGGGCAUUCGUCCUCAUUGGUUGUUAUGGUUGACUAUUGCUUUAGCUGUCCUGUUCCUCAUAAUGCUGCUGAUGAACAUCUUCCUGUGUACUGCAAUGAGCUGUAGCUGUGCCAGAACAGAGAUCAUCGAGAAAGAACCCUCUAUAAUAGAAGAGUAUGACCCGUACCGGAGUUGGCACGGUUCUCAGUACGGGUCGCGGUAUUCCUUGCACGGGCGCGAUAACGGCAACAUGAAAGGAUAUGCCAGCGGGGGAAGCACAAUCCAUUCCAGCAGAUCUCUGCCUAUUGAUUCGGAUCAUUACGCAAUCGUCCACAGCAGACCCGGUUCUCGCCAUUCCGGGCUGCACAAUCAUCGGUCCCCCCGAGGUCCACCGAGUAAUAUCUAGGCUACAAGCAAUUGUAAAUAAAUAUGAUAAAUACAACCAGCAGCGCUUCCAGAAUGAAAUUCUAAGUGACUUAAUUUAACGUACUACUUAUCUACCUAAAUCUUGACGAGAAAAUUCUUUUUCGAAAAGUGCUUCUGUUUUACGCAAAUUUUACAUUUUCUUUUCUCUUCUUAACACACUUCUAACAAGGGCCUAGCUGCGGAAUGAAAAUAAUUUUAGACUUAAUAGUUGUUAUGCAUUACUCACCCAAUAACAUUAAAACAUGUUUUUUUUUAUCAUAAAAUGCGUUAAAUAAGCUAAGGCCUGAAAAGUAUUUCUAAACCAUGAAACUUGCAAAUGUUAAAAUAAAAAAAAAUGUAUCACUUAAAUUGAUUUCAUGUAAAAAUACGAUAAAAUAAAUCCAUUGUAAAACUA